GCCCGAUGUAAACUUGUGUUUGCAUUGCUGGGUGGAUUCAGACGUCAAUGGAGUUGGGUAAUGUUAUGUUGGACAUAGAGCAGGUCGUUCUGGGGGAAGAGGUGAUGACCAGUGCCACAGCGACCACCAUCAAACCACAGACUGUUCCUGCUCUCCAACCCUGUAAGAACAUUUGCAUUUGUAUAUUUCAGAUUGUUGUUAAUGUGUUUGAAUUUGAAGUGCAGUAUCUCCUCUUAUUGCAGAUCAGCAUGACAGCCUACAGUGUUUUCAGUGCUUCAUUACAUUUUGUAAUGCCAAGGCCAAGGAGAGGCACAUGAGGAAGAGCCAUCGUGAAGAAUACAAGCAGUCGCUCCAACAGGUACGGAAUGGAGAAAAGAAAUGCAAGAUGCAUUGCAGGAGUAGGGUGAAGUUGCCCCUAGAUUUUUUAUUUAUUUUUUACCUUUAUUUAACUAGGCAAGUCAGUUAAGAACAAAUUCUUAUUUACAAUGACGGCCUACACCGGCCAAACCUGGACGACGCUGUGCGCCGCCCUAUGGUACUCCCAAUCACAGCCGGUUGUGAUACAGCCUGGAAUUGAACCAGGGGGUCUGUAGUGACGCCUCAAGCCCUGAGAUGCAGUGCCUUAGACCGCUCCGCCACUCGGGAGCCCGAGUGAUGCUAAUCUUGGGUCAUUUUUAGGAUUUUCCUUAGUAAUGGUUAAGUUUAGAAUUUGGGAGGGGAGCUGAUCGUAAAUCUGUAUGGUGUACCUAGGGGAAACUUCACCCCGGAGCUGCAAAGCACACAGCUUAACAGUAGGAUGCUGUAGCCCUAUAUGCACAGCAUAUAUAAUGAUGUACAUUACCUCUAACACUGUUAAUUAUUUGCUGUUUUGUGUUAUUUUGCAGACCAAUACGCUGUUCACCUGUUAUGUGUGCGAUCGUACCUUCUCCUCCUCUGAGGAGCUGACACAGCACCAGACCUCACACAGCCUGGAAGACAAGCCCUUCCGCUGCCCCCACUGCCAGGGAAGCUUCCGGACCUUCUCUGAGGUGAGAGAACUGUCUUUCAAUGGAAGUUGUAAAGUCUUGUCUGUAAUUACUUUUAGUUGUGUGUGUGUAAGGACCCCAGUAAUCUCGGUUAACCCAGAACUAAAAUCGUUCCUAAUUUGGUCAGAUGCUCGAUUGGGUUUUGGGGGUAAGCAUGUAAGAAAUUGAGAUUUCCGGUUUGCGAAGUCUCCACCCUCGCAAAAGGAAACUCUUAGCCAAAGCCCUCUCUUCUGAUAUUUUCACCUGUUUUUAUCAUCUGUUGAAGCAAAGUAGUUUAACCCUUUACACCCGUACCCAGGUUGAAAAUGGCAGAUUUGGCCACUGAUAAGUUAUAAAUGACAUCAGAGCUCAUGCUCUGCGCUUCACAGGGCUGUAUGGCUUUUGACGGACAGUCAUUCUGAACUUGAGCACCGCACGCUGCAAGAAGUUACCCCCACCCUUCCUGCUAAUUGGGUAACUUUAGCAAAUGUUUUGUUGUUUGAGUGAGGGAAUGCUGUAAAUGAAGAGGACUAUAUGUAUUUUGAAAGAUGAGACAUUGAAGAUUAAAAUAAAUACCACUUUCAUGUCAUACAAGCAAGCCAAACACCCUUGAGUCCAAAUGUGCACUUCAAAUUUUCAUAUCAUAAAACUCAUGUCAUAUACAGUGUCAAACAUUUAUGAUCACUGUUUGAUGUACAGUUACAAGAUGAAAUAGCGUCAACCUGGGUUGUUCUGAACAGAAUGAGCCUAUGUUUGUCUAUUGUGAAGAAAAUUCGCUGCAGAACACGCAUCUGAAGGCACUCAUGACUCCUUUCUAUGCGCCCCAAAAUUACGAUCUGUUUAGCUGAAUUGCCUUGUGAAAGCCUAACACAGACAUCAUAUUUUAUAACUUAGCUAGUCAUGUUGGCAAUAAAACAAGCUUUCAAAUUAUGCCCACCUGACCCAGAUUGCGAUUUUAAAAUGGGCUGUUUUUGGAUUGCGUAAACAACAGUAAUUGUGCGAUGGCGGGGCUGCAGGGUUGUUCCGAACAAAACAACUACAAGUGUGCUUGCUCUAGUUCAGGGGUGGGCAGACCUUUUGGCUCAAGGGCCACAUUGAGUUUUUGAAACCAGGUGAAGGGCCACAUGCUAUAUGUGUGACAAAACAUGUGAAGCCUUUAUUAAUUUUCACAUUGACACGCAACUAAUAGUAUACUUUAGGUGUGCAUAUGCUUGCAGAACAAUUCUGUUCAAGUUUUUUGUGAACACAUUUUUUACAACAUUUAUAUAAUUUAUAACAUCACAGACACAGUCAAACACACACACACAGAUCCUGCAUCUCUACCCUUGUACAGUACAAUCAAACUUAGUCACAAUAUGCAAACUUAAAAAUAUAUAUUAUAUGACUGGAGACAUGCAAAAUGUAACAACAGAUGUGUAAAAAAAAAAAAACGAUUCUAACAUUUGAGUGAAUCAUAUGGUAAGAGCAUCCAUUUAAUUUGGAAUGGUCUGUUUUUUUAAAGCAUAUUAAGGAACAAUUAUCAUCUCCAUUGUGAGCCAUAUUUACAGUUAUCCUAUCACCUCAGCCCAAAUCUGACGGAUGAGUUAUUACCUGUAUCCAAGUGCAUUGUUGGAUAAUUCUCACUGCAUAACCAUCACCAUGAAAAAGCAUAAUCCUUGCUUACCCCAGUCACGGUUAUUCGAGUCUUAAUGUGAACAAUGGGUCUGGUUACCUCUCUUGGCAAUGGCAUCAAAGUCUGUUGUCAUCUUUGAUGUAGAGAUUCUCAGAACAGCUGACAAGUGGUAAUUUGUUCAAUUUGUCCUGUGAUGGGAUUUGUUGUAAUUCAUGACUGAAAACGUUUGUUCACACACAUAUGUGGACCCGAAUAAAACAAGCAUCCUUUGGGCGUGCUUUUUAAUGUUUGGAAACUUUGUUUCAUUCAGUGAGCCAUAGAACUGGCCUAUUGUUGCUGUUUUGUACUUCUCCUUCAAAGCACUGGAUGUCGAUGAGCUCCAAUUGUGUGUCUGGUUGUGCUUUCUCACUGUCGAAAGACUGGGCAUGGUACAAGCUCCAGCUCAGUCUCAAUCUUGGUGAAGUCUGAGAAGCGGUGGGAAAACUCAGCAUGCAGGUCAAUCAAAGUGCUACUGUAUGUCUCAGUGCGGCACUGCGAUAUGGGCGCGUUCAGUGCGGCCAUUGUCGGAAAAUAAGCUAGAGACCGGCUGCUCAUUUGUCUAGAGAACAACAUAAGUUUGGCUUUCACGUUGGAAUACAGUUCAUGCACAAAAACACAAUUUCCCUGCAGUUUCACAUUUAGAUUGUUCAGAUGCCCCAGUAUGUCCACACCGAAAGCAAAGUCGCCCAGCCAGUCUGUGUCUUUCAACUCUGAGAAGUCGUCAGCUUUACCAACCGUAUCAAGGAACAUACCUUUCUCCCCUCUCAGUUCCCACACACGGCGAAAUACUUUUCCCAGGCUUAGCCAGCACACAUUUGAAUGGUACAACAGGUCCUGGUGCUCUGCCUCUGUGUCAUUGAGCAGCUGAAUGACGAUGGUUAAAGCCCCCUUGCCCAUAUAAAGUUGACAAGUUUUACAACCACUUUGACAACAUUUUCCAGCGUUAACACACUUUUACACAGGGCUUCCUGAUGAUUAAUACAGUGAAUAAAUAUAAAUUCCUCUGAGUUAGGGCUUUCUUCUUUUACUUUGUCUUGUAAUCUUUUUAGUAGGCAAAUGUUUUUACCGGUUAGAUUUGGUGAUCCAUCUGUUGUGACGUUUGUCCGUUUUUCCAAGCAGGCAGACACGCUGUCAUAUAAGUCAGAGCCCCUGGUUGUUCCCAUCAUUGAGUCCACUUUUCUCAUUUUCGCAGCACUAAUUUUUCACGUCAAAAGUCGUCAGGCAAUGAAGUGGCUAUGAUGGCGCAUUCUGAAUCUGACUGAAGGGCCAAAUACAGAGCGCGCUGCCUGGCUACAGCGCCAUCUAUUGGAGGUUGUUUGUAUAUCAUGGAAUGAGUAAUUUUAGGCCAAAAAUCAUAACUAAAAUAUAAUAAUAUUUAAUACAUUUAAAAAAUGUCUCGCGGGCCGGAUUGAAGUGCCUGGCGCGCCGUACUUUGCCCCCCCUUGCUCUAGUUCCUCAGCUCAAAAAAGCACCUUAUAGUUGAAGACUCUUCUUUAGCCUUGUUCACACUGCAGGCCAUAAUGCUCAAAGGAUAAGAUCCACAUUUCAAAACAAGUCCUUUUUAGCUAGUCACAGCAGUCAACUAUAGCUAGGUAGCUGUUUAGCUUUCUAGCACAUUCACUCAUUUUGUUUGUAAACAAUUAACAAGCUAGCUAGCUACAACCUCAUGUUCUUGUCAAACUGUCAACAGAGUAGCUAGCAAGCAAAAAUAUAUGGCAAAUAACAGUCUAACAACUACUUGAGGGAAAAUAAAUCAGAUUUGACCGUUCAGACACAAGUCAUAGGGCCAGGUAUCAGAUUUGUAUCUGACUUCAAACCACAUAUGAAGGUGGUUAGAAAUCUGGCUUUGCUAUUCAGACCGCAGGAAAAAUAACAGAUUUGAAUCGGAAAUGCAAAUAAAUUGGAUUUGAGUCACUUCAAACUGCUUGAAAUUACUUAGGAACUGUGCACGCUUAGGAGAGGUGUGUGGCCACUUGGAGACACCAGUUAGUCCUCUCAGUAAAACCAUUGUAUUUUUUUCUUUCUUCUUAUGUUGCACCUACCCCACAUUUUUCUGGAAUAUUCUUAUGUUACUGAAUGUAUCCAGAGUAUUUUCAGAUUUUGUUAUUAACAAAUGCAGCGAAAAGUACAGUAAAUGUAAAAUGCACUAAAAUCAAGUGUAAUGUCUAAUACAUUUCAUUUCAAUUUAGCCCUGUCCAUAUAGGCCAAUUCCCAUGAGUGUCAAUGGUUAAGCACCGCCUUCACCCAAUCCUGAUGCCUCCAAAUAACCAGUGACGACAGCACAAGACCCAGAAUUAAUUAAUGAUUCUCGUUAUCUCACGCAUCCCAUAGAAUGCAGACAGAUCUACGGUACUAGUUAUGUUUACGUAGUCUGUCCAUGAGAGAUUAGGACCCCAGCAAUAUUAGCUGUGGUCAUGGCAUCAGCUAAUGGGAAUCCCAAUAAAGAUAAAGAACCGGGGGCUAGGCAGGUGCUCUGUAGUACAUCUGCCUUUUGUUGUCCAUUGGUGCCUUGGUCCCCGUGUUUGUUUCCUCAAGAUGGCCUGAGCCUCUUAUAAUUUUUGUUUCUGUCUCUCAUAGUUGACAGUCCACCGGCGACAGCUGUGCAAAGAGCGGCAGUGUGUGUGCAAGGAAUGUGGCGUGGUAUUACGGGGCCCAAACCAGUUACGCACCCACCGCCUCACCCAGCACCCCCAGCCACUGGAAGAGGAGGAUGAUGACACCAAGACUCACCGUUGUGGCAAGUGCGGCCGCGGGUUUGAGGCAGAGGUGGAUCUUGUGCUGCACCAGGAGAACUUUGCAGGUGAUCAGCAUUGCGAUGCAAAGGUCCCGGCCAAAAAACGUGGCCGACCUCCCAAGAAAGUGUCUGAGGCUGAGCCGAAGUCUGCUGAGGAAGAGGCAGCAAACGGAGAGAAGAGCAGAGAAGUUGAGGAGGGGGGAGAGGAGUCUGUGGCAAAAAGAGGAAAAGGACCGGGGCGACCCCCUAAGGAGGAGCUCCAAAUUCCCUGUCCUGAAGCUGAGUGUGACCUCACGUUCUCCUCUGUUGCCCUUCUCCGGGCCCACAAGAAGGAGAAGCACGGGCAUCCGUCUCAACCUAGCAAGGCUCACCCCUGCUCUGAGUGUGAAGAGAGCUAUGCCCAGCCGGAGCAGCUCAAAGCCCACAUGGCCAGGGCUCACAGCUCUGGCCGACACAACUGCCCAACCUGCGGCAAGAGCUUUGGCAGGGAGAGCAACCUAAAGGCACACCAGAAGACACACACUGAGGGAGAAGAGGCAACAGACAAAGAAAAGAGAUAAUCUGGGGAAAAGGAAUAUCAUCAUGGAAAAUGUAUGUAAUGGUUUAGGGUUUUAAAAAUAUAAUUUUGGGUAAAACAGGCCUUGAUGUGGGUGGGUUUUUUAUGUUCAAGAUAGGGGUUUGGAGUAUGUGACAUACCAUUAUACAAAAGCACUCAGUUGGAUCAUUAGCUUGUUCCUGGUUGGUCCCACUGUGGUUAUUUUAAAGUGCUUUUAGAAAAACAACAAUGUACUGUGUAUAAAACCCUUUAUACUGAUGUGUGCAUAAUUGUGAAUUACAACUGCCCCCCAGAGUGGGAAUCUUAUUUGUUUCCAUAUUGCCCACACCUUAAAAAAUAAUAAUUUUGUAUUCAUAUUACGGAUGUAGAGCUAGUCUACCGAUUUGCCUCAAAUGUGAGAAGUUUUUGUAACUUAUAGUAUUGAUUUUAGUAAGAAAUCAAUGGGUUUCAUGGUUUACCAUUCCACUCAUGAUUUAGUUUACGUUCCUGUCAAGGUAUCUUCUGAUCAUGUAAAGUAUAUUAUAUUGGUCCGGAGAAUCCAUUGUUCUGUGAAGGAUGUCAUUGUUGUAUUCAAGUGAUCUUGUACUUUUUUCAUCCACAAUGAAAUAGUAAUGGCAUUAAACUGAGUGAUUUAAAUUGCAAUCUGUAAUCAAUGUGAAUGUAAGGUUAUGGGAAAUGUCACCCUGAAAUGAAUGGAAACGAUAAGCACUGAAUAAGAUUGUAUGGUGCUUAUCUUUUCCAUUCAUUUGGGGUUGUUGUGGCAGAAGGAGCUAGUGAGGAUAGAUAUGAAGAAUGAGGAGGAAAUCCAAAGGCUUGUUGCAGAAAAAGGAAAAGAUGAGGAGAGGUCAAAGGGGAAGGAAGACCAAAAAGGGAUAGAGAAUAACUGCCUCAAAUAAAGGCAAAAGCUUGUAGUGGAGAAGGGGAAAGAGGAUGAAAAUAACACCUUGAACCAGCUAAGGAGUGAGCUGGAGAGGAGAUGGGCUAAGGAGGGAUGGGUCCAGGUCAAGGCCAGCAUGGAGAUGUAGAGGAGCAGCAAAGAAACAGGAGAAAUAGGGGUGGUGCUGCUGAAGGAGAUGGAUGCCAUAAAAAAAAUACUCCCUGAAUAUUGGCGGGUGGUGAGCCAAAUGAAAAUUAGCAUCAUAGAGAAGUGCAUAGAGAGAUGGAAAGACAGAUUUUUGGGGGUAUUUUAUAUAAUUGCUGUGCUCACCACUUAUGGUUGUCAUUACAAAUAAGAAUAUGUGUGGUUACCUGCACAAUAUUUAUACUGAACAAAAAUAUAAACGC